CAGUCCGCUUGCGCACCGAGCCGCGCACGAGCGGUAACGGUUGGAUGGUGGCGUUGGCAACUUUUGUGGUUCCCGUCGUGGGUGACAAAACCUUGCUGGUGUGGGAGCUGAGCUCUGGACCCACGGCCGAGGCCUUGCAACAUUCUCUGUUCACAGUCUUCUCCCAGUUUGGCCUUCAGUAUUCAGUCCGAGUCUUCCCAAAUGCAGCAGUGGCCGGUCCUGUGUUCUAUGCCAUCAUCACGGUUUAUUCAGCAAGGGAGGCCCACAGAGCCCAAAAGGCAUGCGACCAGAAGCAGCUUUUUCAGACAUCUCCAGUGAAGAUUUAUUCUCAUAGAAUUGCAAAAGGGGAAGAUAAAAAAAGAAGCAGAAGGGGCUUUUUUCGAUUUCUGCUGCAUAAGAGAAGCUCAGGGGAAAGUGAGAGUCAGGAGGGCUUUUUCGGGAGAAGGCGGCCACUUUGGCUUAGGGAUAUGUAUAGGCCUCUCAACGCCACACGCAAGGAAAACAUGGCACAGAAGCUACACGACAGGGAGUCUUCUGAUGAGGAUGAGAUAUUCUAUAAGGAUGCAGGGGAAGUCAUCAAAGCCCCAGCAGAGAAGCUUCUGGCUGCAUAUUGGGUUGAUGAAGAGGCGAGUGAGGAAAGUGAGACAGCACACGAGACUGCCACAGAACAGUUCUGGGUGUACUCUGAUGCUUUUGCAAAUAUGUUCCUAUAAAAGGGUGUCAUCUUCAAGAAAUUCAUGGAAAAGACUCUGACAAGUACAGGUUUCCGGUAACUGACUGUACUGCUGAACUGAAUGAAUAAGCAUUUUCAGAACUCUAAUGAAAAACUGAUGAACUCAUAAAAGUGCUAACAAAAGAUCAAGAUGGAAAAAAAAUUAAUUACAUGGCACUGAGUGAACUGAUGAGGAUGAGUAUAAUUUUUGUGACUUUCUGUUUGAAUUUUUAAAAAAUAAAAAUAAAAAAUAAACAAAAAAAAACCCCACAAGGACUCAGAGGCAAAGAAUAUACAAAUCAAUUUUCACUGCAAAGUAAAGGAACUGUUACAGUGGAGGAUUACUGGACUGAAUGUCAAUAUUAUGACAUAGUAUGAGUGUGUUUCAUGUUUGGUAAUUACAAUCAUUGUUGCUUUUGUUGUGGUCAUCCAUGUACAAUGCUUGGUGUCAGUCUAUUUAUCUCUUGUAAAAAUAAAAUACAGUGUGUGUGUGUGUGGAAAAAAAAAAAAAGAAACUGUGUUCCCAAAUGAAACCCUGGGAUAGGAUUAGUCAUUUACAUCUUUUAAAAAUAAAGUCCAACAGUAUUAGA